CAGAGUUGCGGUGACUGCACAGAUGACCGCAGAUCUGUGGCUCCUGACCGGCCGCUGAUGACGUGCUGUGAGACCAUGACCCUGCGGAGCGUCACGCGUGAUCUCCUGCACCGCCAGAUCCAGGAGAACCGGGCUCUGGACUUCCAGAGACACUAUCAUGUGACCGACCCGUUUAUAAAGCGUCUGGGGCUGGAGGCCGAGCUACAGGGUCACACCGGCUGCGUCAACUGUCUGGAGUGGAAUGAGAGAGGAGACCUCCUGGCCUCGGGUUCAGAUGACCAGCACGCCAUCGUCUGGGAUCCGUUCCGGCACACCAAGCUCAUCACUAUGCACACGGGACACGCAGCCAACAUCUUCUCAGUGAAGUUCCUGCCUCACUCCGAGGACCGGAUCUUGAUCACAGGAGCCGCCGACACCAAGGUGCACGUGCACGACCUGACGGCGAAGGAGACCACUCACAUGUUCUCAGACCACACCAACCGCGUCAAGCGCAUCGCAGCGGCUCCCAUGUGGCCCAACACCUUCUGGAGCGCGGCGGAGGACGGCUUCAUUCGGUACGGAGACUUUCAGCUGCGCUUCAGACGGUUAGUGUUGUUAAUCGAUCUGACGGAGUAUUGUGGGCAGCUCGUGGAAGCCAAAUGUCUGGCCAUCAACCCUCGUGACAACAACUACCUGGCUGUGGGAGCCAACGGGCCCUUCGUCCGGCUCUACGACAUCAGAAUGAUCCACAAUCACAGGAAGUCUUUGGGUCAGAGCGCCUCAGCCGGAGUUCACACGUUCUGUGACAAGCAGAAGUCGAUACCGGACGGCGCGGGACAGUACUACGUGGCAGGGCACUUGCCGGUGAAGCUUCCUGAUUAUAACAACAGAUUACGAGUUCUGGUGGCCACCUACGUCACGUUCAGUCCUGACGGCACCGAGCUGCUGGUGAACAUGGGUGGAGAGCAGGUGUAUUUAUUUGAUCUGACGUUCAAACAGAGGCCGUACACCUUUCUGCUGCCCAAAAAAUGCCACACAUCAUCAGAGGUACAGAAUGGGAAGACGACCAACGGUGUGUCCAACGGGAUUCAUCUUCCCGCCAGCCGCCUCAAACUGGCUAAAGUCUCCAGUGAUCUUCCUCCUCAUCUGGAGCGGAUCAAGCAGCAGGCUAACGAUGCGUUCGCGCGCCAGCAGUGGACUCGAGCCAUCCAGCUCUACAGUCUGGGCAUCCAUGAGGCCGGACACAACGCCAUGCUGUACGGAAACCGCGCCGCCGCGUACAUGAAGAGAAAGUGGGACGGAGAUCACUACGACGCGCUGCGUGACUGUCUGAAGGCCUUGUCUCUGAACCCGGCUCAUCUGAAGGCACACUUCCGUUUAGCACGCUGCCUGUUCGAGCUCAAGUACAUCGCCGAGGCUCUGGAGUGUCUGGACGACUUCAAGGGCAAGUUUCCGGAGCAGGCGCACAGCAGCGCAUGUGACGCGCUCGACAGAGACAUCAAGGCGGCCCUCUUCUCUAAAGCAGAUUCAGCUGAGGACAAGAAGGGGAACAGCGCCGUGCGCUUCCAUAGCUUCAGCCGGAAGGAGUCCAUCCCGGAGGACGAGAUCGUGCUGAGAGAGCGGAGCUUCGACUACAAGCAUCGCUACUGUGGACACUGCAACACCACCACAGAUAUUAAAGAAGCCAACUUCUUCGGGAGGUCAGUUUACUCAAAACAUUGGUUAUUUAUCUGGGAGAAAGAGACGACGAACCUGGUGCGGAUCUUACAGGGGGACGAGUCUAUAGUGAACUGCCUGCAGCCGCACCCCAGCUACUGCUUCCUGGCCACCAGCGGCAUCGACCCCGUGGUGCGGCUCUGGAGCCCCAGACCCGAGUCGGAGGAGAAGGAGAACGGUCGGGUCGUGGAGGACAUGGAGAGCGCCGCUCAAGCCAACCAGAGACGCAUGAACGCAGAUCCGCUGGAGGUGAUGCUGCUGAACAUGGGCUACCGCAUCACGGGUCUGAGCAGCCGCGGCACGGAGGGCUCCGAUGAUGAAGAGAGCUCGGAGAGCCAGGUUCAGUGCCGCUCCAGCUAGAGCCUUCAGAUAUUAACUGUGUGAAUGCUGCCGCGCCGCACUAUGAGAGCACCAGCUCCUCCAAGUGAAGUCCAAGCACUUCUAGAUCAGUAUCUGCAAAGUUAAAGCUUGUUCUCAAACUCGCAAAGUCUUUCUAACGCGGGGCUUGCUUUUGGACACGAUUUCGUCUCGCUUUGUUUCUUUUCUGAAAAGCAGCAGAGGACAGUGUUAUUGUUCACGAAAAUAUGUUUAUAGGUCCGCAGCACUUUCUUUUUGAAAUACAUUUUUGAAAAAUAAACAGUGUUUAUGUUCGACCCAGACUUGCAUCGUGGCUUGAGCCGGGUUUCCUGGGACUGAGAAUGUUUGUUGAUGAUGUUGACGAUGAUGAUGAUGAUGAUGAUGAUGAUUCGUUAUUAUUUUUUUACCUCCUUCCUCAUCAGCACGAGCAGGACGUCUUGCCCGUUCAUCCUCAUCGAUGAACCUGAGAAGAGAAGAAUAAAGACACACAGAGAGACUGUUCACAACCUAAGAAUCCGCUCUAUUUUGGGAUACGUGUGUUUUUUCUUCACUGUGUUCAUUUUCUCGGAGGAUUUCAGUACAGUUUAGUGCAACAUGUAGAGAAUAAAUGACAUUUAAAGAUCUGCAGCAGCUCCCUCGUUGCUGUUAUAAUCAUAGCUGGGGUUUUUUAGAAGAAAACAUUAUAUUAUAUGAAGAAAAUGUUACUUUAAUCAUCAGCAGCAUGGCUUUAUAAACAGUAAUAAUGGUAAUACUCAUUACAGACACGGAGCCGUCUCAACACAACACACAGCCCCAUCUGUCUCAAAUAAAAUUAAUUUAUUUACAAA